AUGGAAAAAACAGACUCAGUGCUCAAUCUCACCAAACCUUCUCUUUUUGGAAUCUACAAUUCUUCCACCUCCGAUCUCAACCAGGAAAAUGACCAGGUUGAGGAAUACUUAGAUGGUUCCGAACUACACAUCAACGUGAAGGAUGCAAACUUUGCACGUUCCCGCAGUGGACUUCGGGAGUCAUAUACUGCCAGUCAGAUUGGAGACGCUGAAAAAAGUGCGCCGGGAACGUCGUUUUUCGGCAUCAUUGGUCGUACGACCCUUAUGGCAUUAGCUGCUUUGGCCUACAAUGAAGUCACACGCAACAUUCAUAGCACACAUGCGGAUGGGCGUGGAGCAGACAUCAAUGCGUACUUAUUGCGGUUUUUGUACCUGUUGCAGCCGUCGCAAGCGCUCGUAGACAAGUAUAACUUGGAUAUUAGUGAAGCCAAGUAUGUGGCCUACGCUGACUAUGCAUUUGCUAUGAUACUUGAGGGCGUGGCUCUUAGUAUUGUUGUGCCACUUUUGGACAAUAUUAUGCCCUUGAGUUGCACUAGACGUUUGUUGUCAUCAAACCCAACCCCAACUAAGCGUGGAAACUUAGCUACCGACAUCGUACGGUCUCUGAUUGCAUUUUUGGGAAUCUCAUAUGCUAUUCGUAAUGUUGCCUGGAAGUCAUCGCUUCAAAUGGCAUUGACCUGGUCUCUCAUUAAUCCAGGGUUGUGGUUGUUGCUCGACGGAACCAUCAAUGGUUUCGUAGCAUCAGUGCUUGUUGCAGGGGGUGGUAGCGCCAUCAUCUACGCGCAGAACUUUGCUCUGGCUACCAUGGACACUGAAAAUUUGGUGACUGUGUUCCUCUUUAUUGGAAGUUUCUUUUUCUGUGGUGUGAUUAUCUUUGGCAAAUUGGGACGUUAUUUGUUUGCCUAA